CGAAUCUGUAAACAAACGUCGCAACAGUUUUAACCAGCUACAUCUUAACACAUGUGCAGAAAGACGGUGGGCUAAACGCUGAGACUAUGUUUAAAAACACGUUCCAAAGUGGAUUCUUGUCUAUCCUAUAUAGCAUCGGCAGCAAGCCUCUACAGAUAUGGGAUAAAAAGGUGAGGAAUGGUCACAUCAAAAGAGUAACAGACAAUGACAUACAUUCAUUGGUAUUGGAGGUCGAGGGGUCGAAUGUCAGUACCACCUAUAUAACAUGUCCUGCAGACCCAAAGAAGACACUUGGCAUCAGGCUUCCUUUCCUCGUCAUGAUCAUCAAAAACCUCAAGAAGUAUUUCACCUUUGAAGUCCAGGUAUUAGACGAUAAAAAUGUCCGCCGGCGGUUUCGGGCGAGCAACUAUCAGAGCACGACGCGAGUGAAGCCGUUCAUCUGCACCAUGCCUAUGAGGCUGGACGACGGCUGGAACCAGAUUCAGUUCAACCUGUCAGACUUCACCAGGAGGGCUUACGGAACCAAUUAUAUCGAGACGCUGCGUGUACAGAUUCAUGCGAACUGUCGUAUAAGGAGGGUGUAUUUCUCAGACAGACUGUACUCGGAGGAUGAGCUCCCAGCAGAAUUUAAACUCUACCUGCCUGUCCAGAACCAGAAGGCCAAGCAGUAGAGCUUCCAAACCUGCACUCUUCCCCCAGAUCAGAUGUGACAUUUAACUGUAAAAUUUCCUGUGUAGACAUAUGGUGAACUAUAAAACUUUGUAAUAUUGUCAUUUUGGAACUAGUCUUGCGUUGCUUUCUGCACAAUAAAGUUUUUUAUGUACUGA